AUGGAACCAAUCCACACAAAAGGCAACCACUUCUACCGUGGAAACUCCCGCUUCCUGAUCAAAGGCAUCUCCUAUAUACCCCGCCACAUUGACCCCGAGAACCACAGAAGCAUCUACAGCUCCGACACCAUUGUCGACGCCCUCGCCGACGACCGCCUGGAGGAGCUCAAACGCGACAUCCCCAUCUUCCAAGAACUGGGCCUUAACACUAUCCAAGUCACUGGCCUAGAUCCUACCCGCAGCCAUGCCAAAGCCAUGCACCUCCUCGCCGAAGCCGGAAUCUACGUCCUCGUGGAGAUCGGCCACAAGAUCAAGACCCCAGCCGCCAGCCACGCUGGCAGACGUAUGGAUCCCAACUUCGACACGUCCCGCUACUACACUCUAUUCGUUAUGCGCAGGGCCUUCCGGAUAGUAGACCAGUUAGCAGACCACCCCAACCUCCUCGCCUUCACCGCCGACGCCGAGAUGAUCACCUCCCCCGAUAUGACCAAAAUGGCCGAAGUCUGCCGCGCCGCCGUGCGAGACGUCAAAACGCUACUCCAGCUUCGCGGCGGCCGACGGCCACCCGUUGGUGUCCAUACAAGCGACAUCGCGGGCCUCGAGAUGUCGAUGCUGCAGUACUUCACCGCCGGCCCCGCGGAGUCACGCGUAGAUUUCUUCGCGAAGGACUGCUACUCCUGGGCCAGCCCGUCCGACUUCCAGAUGAGCGGAUGGAGCAGUAUGGUGGAAGCGUACGGGCGGUUUCCGGUGCCCAUGUUUCUAGCGGAGUUCGGGACGAAUAUUAAUGAGCGGAAGUGGGAUGAGAUUCCUUGUUUGUAUUCGCCGGAUAUGACGGGGGUGUAUAGUGGUGGGUGCGUUUAUACUUACUUUGAGCAUGGGAAUCAGUACGGGAUUGCUGAGAUUGGUGAGGGGUUCAGCGUUGGAGAGGAUGGGGAGACGAUAGGGAUUGGAGAGCGUGGGGAGAGAGUGAAAAAAGAGGAGUUUGGGAGGUUGAAGGAAGGGUUGCGGAUGGUGGGAGAGAGGACUAGUGAGCAGUUGUUCACUGAAGAGGUGAAGGAUUAUGAGGGCUGGACGGGGACGUUCCCGGCUGUGCAGGGGAGUUGGCAUGCUACGGCGAAUCUGCCUGAUCUUCCGGCGAGCGUAGAGGCGAUGUAUGAGGAAAUUUGGAAGGAGAGGGAGGAGCAGGUUCGCGGAGGGGUGCAACAGCUUGGCAUCGAAAACAGCUAA